UUCCCAACCGUAGUUACUGUACGUUCGACGAAUCUGAUCUCGAUUACUUGUGACUUGACUGAAGUUGCUUUGCCGGUUAGAUUGCUCUGCGAUCUGUAGUGAACCCCGUGAUCGUCAGUAUCUUCACCCUGGCUUGCCAAACACCGUCAGCGAGGCUGGACGAGUUAACUAACCAGUGCGUCUAACGAUUGACAGUCAUGUCUUGUUGGCUAUGAGACAUCAGGAGUCAUGGCGGGUCGGCAGCGGGUAACCGCCUUCUCACUGCUCGCAGUUGGGUUGUUAUUGUUGCUGUUUUCUGGAAGGAGCUCCGGCAAACCUGUGGGGAAAUGCGUCGACAACAAGCAGUGCCAGUCCCCGGGACCUCCAGUGAUCCUCGUUCCGGGGGACCUAGGAAACCAGCUGGAGGCGAAGCUGGAUAAACCCAGUGUGGUUCACUACAUUUGCUACAAGAAGACAGACACCUUCUUCACCUUGUGGCUCAACCUGGAGCAGCUAGUGCCUGUCGCCAUUGACUGCUGGAUAGACAACAUCAGGCUGAUCUACAACAAGACAACACACACCACUUCAUCACCGCCGGGUGUGAACAUCAGCGUCCCUGGAUUUGGCCAGACGUACUCAGUGGAGUAUCUGGACCCCAGUAAACGAAGUGUGGGUAUGUAUUUCUUUAAUAUAGCACAGGCACUGGUGGAUUGGGGCUACACUCGAGGUGUUGAUGUGAGAGGAGCUCCAUAUGAUUGGCGGAAAGCACCCAAUGAAAAUAAAGAGUACUUCCUGGCAUUACAGAAGAUGAUCGAGGAGAUGGCAGAGAAGGGUGGGCCUGUGGUUCUGAUUGCUCACAGCAUGGGCAACAUGUACACGUUGUACUUCCUCAACCAGCAGCCACAAGCCUGGAAGGACAAAUACAUCAAAGCUUUCAUCGCUUUGGGAGCACCGUGGGCAGGCGUGGCCAAGACACUCCGCGUGAUCACCUCUGGUGACAAUAACGGCAUCCCAGUCAUUAGACCGCUGAAGAUUCGCUCUCAGCAACGUUCGGCUGUUUCGACCUCUUGGCUCCUCCCCUAUGCCCACACUUGGCCCAGUGAUCAGGUCUUGAUCCAGACACCCACUACCAACUACACCGUGAUGGACUACAAGCGCUUCUACUCGGACAUCGGCUUCGAGGAUGGCUGGCUUAUGCGUCAGGACACGGAGUCGCUGCUGUUUGACCUCACACCGCCUGGGGUGACCGUCCACUGCUUGUACGGGACCGGCAUUCCAACGUCAGAAGCUUUCCAGUACUCCUCUAAGUUCCCAGACGCGGAUCCCACCGUGGUGUGGGGCGACGGUGACGGGACGGUGAACCUGCUGAGCGCCACGCAGUGCAAGCGGUGGGUGGGGUUUCAGAAACAGCCGGUGACCUUGCAGGAGCUUCCUGGGAACGAGCACGUGAACAUGCUGUUGAACGUCUCCACCGUGGCCUACAUCAAAAAGGUGCUUUUCUCGCUGUGACGCACAAGACGCCCUCUGUGCUAUGAACAUUGCCUGCCAAAAUCCUCACCUGGACGUGCUGCGUUGCUAACUUGAGGACACAGCAGCCAUUUCAAUACCUCCUAUCACAAUAACUGCUGUGUUCUCGUUAAGACGACCGAACCAUGAGUCAUCUCUUUAAUUCCUUGCAGGCCAUGUUGAAAUACAUUUUUGAAGCCAACAGCUUUGAAUUAAUUUUAUACAGUACUGGUAACUGCACAUCUGAGGUAAUAAUGUUUACUGACUUUUCUAUUCUCCUAGCUUUGAAAGAAGCCAAGACAUCAGGUAUGAUUAUUAUAUUGAAGGAUAUACAGAGUGUGUUGUCUAAAUUAAUCUUUAAAGUUUAAUCUUUUAAUUCAAUAGGGCCAUAUUUAUACUCCUUUUUAGUGUGUUGUUUUUAGCACAUUUACAGCAUAUAAUAAUACUUUUACAAAGUUCUCUCGGCUGUUUCUGUGGUUGUGUUUUUGUGUGGUUAUGUUGCCAAAUUAUACAAUACAUUAGUCCUGAAGUACCUGGGAAGUUGGGCCCGUCUUUGUCAGGUGUUUUAAAUACAUCAUUUUGUAUUUUUAUUACUCUUUGAAUGAGGAAGAUUGAAGACUGAUGGCCCUUUCUUCAAACUUCAAGCAAUUAGCCCUACUGAUGUUGAGUAUAAGGUAACCGAGCUCAAAGGUUCAAUUGCUUCUCCCUCAGUCUUCACGGGAACUACAUACCGUACUCGUUAGAGAUCACCUCACUAGUUUUCCUCCAUUUCAUCUGUUUUCCAGUGCUGUGUUCCGUACUGGUCCAUAUGACCACUCAAAACGUAUUACGGUGACGUAAACGUAUUUGUUUGUCAAACUACCAAAUUGUCUUCCUUGUUUAAGUGUGAUUGCCUUAAUGGAAAACUUGCUGGUCUUUUUUUUGUUUCAGUUUAAAGUUGUCAUCCAGUGAAAUGUCACCCUUGCAUGCUACUUUUUGCCUCUGUCUUUCACUUGUGUCUAGUUCUGUUGUUGUUCUUAAAUCUGUCUAGACAAUCAUGAAAAGUAAUUGUAUUACUUGUAUGUGCUGCCUUCCAUAAAAUGUUUUAUAUGGUGCAAUUCAAUCUUUGAAAUUUAUUUCAAACAUUACUGCUACCUCGCACGACUUUUGCACUACAGUCGUCCCAUGCCACAUAGUGGUUCAAAUUUCGCGGCUCCACUCACUCUGUUUUGCAAAAAUAAA